UGGUUAGGAGUGGUCUUGGAUACUAUGUGAUGAUGAUGAUGAUGAUCAAAUAUAUAGAACACCAACCACUUGUUGCUUGGAUCUUGAAUUCCAAACCGUUGAUCUCAUCAUCACCGAUCGCCGCAGUGUGUGCUGAUUGAAUGUAAAUAAAAUCGUUGGAAUUAAUUUUUUUUUUUAAUUCACCGAAAUCAAGAUAUGAAGUUCUUGUCAUGUAUAACAUCAAUCGAUGACAAUGAUGAAAAUAUCGUCGUUGCUGAUCAAAGUAAAAAAUCUCAAUCAUGGCAUGAAACAUUAAGACAUUUAUUUAAAUCAAAUAAAAAGAAUCGUGUUGUUAUUUCGGAUCCAACACCAUUGUCUAAAGAAAAAGUACCCGAAGUUACUGGAGUUGUUCAAAUAGGCCCAGAAGAAUUGGGUGAAAUUGUUGACAAAUCAUUGAAUAAUAACAAUAAUAAUAAUAAUAAUGGUGAAGAGAUAUCAACGGUGACGGAAUCGGUUGUUCCAGAUAAAGUGAAUGCCGAAACUAAUACUGAACAACAUGAAUCGAGUCAAAAUGAACAACAACAACAACAAAAUGAUCAGUUGGUUGAAUCAAAAACAUUGGAAAAUUUAAAAAAUUCCGACAAUAAUGAACUCCUCAGUUAUGGUUGGUAUUGGGGUGAUAUAUCACGACGAGAUGCCGAAAAUUUAUUAAGAGGACGAGAAGAAGGAAUAUUUUUGGUUCGUAAAAGUUCAAAUCAACGAUUUCUUUAUUCAUUAAGUUUUCGUUCGAAUGGAAAAACACUUCAUACUCGUAUUGAAUGUUCAAAUGGUUUAUUUGCAUUCUAUUCGAAUGAUUCGAAUAGUUGUAAAGAAGAAAUCGAUGGUAGCGAAUCACUAUAUGAUCUGAUCUCGGAUGCAAUGAACCAGAAUAAUGCCGAAAAUAUAUUCUUUUAUUCACGUGGUCUACAAAAUAAUGAAGCAUCACUUCAUACAAUAACAUUGGUUAAACCAUUAUCACGAUAUCAAUAUAUUAUCGAUUAUGAUUAUCUUAAUAAUGAUAAUGAUGAUCAACAUGGUUCAUUACAAUAUUUAUGUAAAUUUAUCAUACAUCAUUCAUCCAUUGCUCAGGCUAGAUUUUCGAUGCAACGAAAUUCAUUACCAGAAGAAUUAGAAUCAUUUCUAAAUAAUGGUCUCCUAUUUCCUUAUGUUGUUCAACAAGGCAAAAAACAAAAAUGAGCUUAUCUUUUUUUUUUUUAAUUUUCUCUCAUUCUUUGAUUGAUUGUGUUCAUUUGUGUUGCUUUUUAUCCUAUUGAAAAGCAUUUAGACAAAUUCCAACAAAUUCUUUUAUUUUUUUAGAAGAUAAUUUUUUCCCUACAAUAAAAAACGAAAUUGUUUUCGACAAAUUAUAUCAAAAAAAAAAAAAAAAUUCUAAAAAUUCAAAUUAUUCAGGCAUUAAUCGAUUGUAUCGAUUGUGUUCAUCACUUUAUGAUUAACGAUUAUAAUUCUUCUGUGCAAAAAAAAAAAUUCCUCAAUCAUUAUCAAAAAGUAGCAGUAACAAAAUACACUUGCUGCAUAUUUUUAACUAGCAGCAAAAUAACAAUAGUGGGAUAUCAACAAGAAAUAAAUGUCAUUCACUACAUUAUUCACUACUACCACGUUCGACCACAUUUAAUCAUCGUCAUUCUUAUAAUCGUACUACUACUACUACUACAUUUUUAUUGAAUAUAGCUAUAAACAUACAACAAUAGCUUGCUCAAUAUUUGCUUUUAUUGCUGCCUUUGUCAAUGAAUUGAGACAGGAAAAAAAAAUUACAGGUAGAAGCAGCAGGUUUGAAAUGAAAUGAAUGGGUUUUUUUUUCGCUAUACCUUGCUGCGCCUGCUGCUGAUAUGUUGUGUGUAUUCUAAAUCACAAGUGUAUCUGUAUGCAUAAUAAUAAUAAUAAUAUAUAUGGAGAGGCAUCGACAACAACAACAAACAACAAUCAUUAAAUGAUGUUUCUAUCUACUUGAUUUAUGCUAUAUGGAUUGGGCUUGCUUUUUUGUUGUUGUUGUUGUUGCUUCGUAGUCGUCGUGAUAUAGGUGGACUCAAUUAUAAUUAUAAUCAUCAUCAUCAUCAUCGUAGUAGUCGUCAUCCAUU